GGGCCAGCUCGGUGGGCGUGGCCGUGGGCGUGACCUCCCGCCGGUGGGCGGAGCUGCGCGGAGCCGCCGCACGCGAGCCCGGAGGGGCCGGUGCUGCCGCAGCGCCCGCGCGGGUCCCGCCGCACCGCCCGCCCCGCAUCGCCCCGCUCCGCCGGGAGCCCCUGACCCACCAUGACGUUCAAGCAAGCAUCUAUGAUGGCCCCAGAGGCCACAGCCACCACGAUGCCCAUGGCCACAAUGGAGAACUCCACUGAGGCCGGGGGACCAGGCGAGAGCAAGGAGGACAUGUUCACCAAGCUGAGGGACAAGUUUAUGAAUGAACUCAACAAGAUCCCCCUGCCACCCUGGGCCCUCAUCGCCAUCGCGGUGGUAGCCGGGCUCCUCAUCCUCACCUGCUGCUUCUGCAUCUGCAAGAAGUGCUGCUGCAAGAAGAAGAAGAACAAGAAGGAGAAAGGCAAAGGCAUGAAGAACGCCAUGAACAUGAAGGACAUGAAGUCGGGCAACCAGGACGAUGAUGAUGCUGAGACGGGUCUGACAGAGGGGGAAGGAGAGGAGGAGGAGAAGGAGCCGGAGAACCUGGGCAAGCUGCAGUUCUCGCUGGACUACGAUUUCCAGGCGAACCAGCUGACGGUGGGGAUCCUCCAAGCCGCCGAGCUGCCAGCUUUGGACAUGGGUGGCACCUCAGACCCGUACGUCAAGGUGUUCCUGCUCCCUGAUAAGAAGAAAAAGUAUGAGACCAAAGUGCAGAAGAAGACAUUGAACCCUGCCUUCAAUGAGACCUUCACCUUCAAGGUCCCCUACCAGGAACUGGGCGGGAAGACGCUGGUGAUGGCCAUCUAUGACUUUGACCGCUUCUCCAAGCACGACAUCAUUGGCGAGGUGAAGGUGCCCAUGAACACAGUGGACCUGGGCCAGCCCAUUGAGGAGUGGCGGGACCUGCAAAGUGGCGAGAAGGAGGAGCCAGAGAAGCUGGGAGACAUCUGCAUCUCCCUCCGGUACGUGCCCACAGCCGGGAAACUCACUGUCUGCAUCCUGGAGGCCAAGAACCUGAAGAAGAUGGAUGUCGGGGGUCUCUCAGAUCCCUACGUGAAGAUCCACCUGCUGCAGAAUGGCAAGAGGUUGAAGAAGAAGAAGACCACAGUCAAGAAGAAGACCCUGAACCCCUAUUUCAAUGAGUCCUUCAGCUUUGAGAUCCCCUUCGAGCAGAUACAGAAAGUGCAGGUGGUCAUCACGGUGCUGGACUACGACAAGCUGGGGAAGAAUGAAGCCAUCGGCAAGAUCUUCACGGGCUUCAACUCCACGGGCACGGAGCUGCGGCACUGGUCCGACAUGCUGGCCAACCCCCGGCGGCCCAUCGCCCAGUGGCACUCGCUGAAGCCAGAGGAAGAAGUAGAUGCAGCUCUCGGCAAAAACAAAUAGGAAGAGGUGCCGGCCAGCGCGGCGCGGCACUGCGGACAGUCAAAGCGACCCAGAGCUACUGAUACCUCAGUUACGCAACUUUUGGUUUUGUUUUCCCUUUUUGUUCUGUUUUAAGCUGAAAUACCCUUUGAUGGCUGUGGAAGGGUUUCCAGACAGUGCCAAGAGCUUCCAGGGGAAGAGGUUAAAGACAUGGAUGGUUCUUUUCAUUCUUCAGCAUCGUUCCCUUCUGCUGCAUGUCACAUCUCCGUCCGCCAUCCCUUCCAGGUGCGAAGCCACCGUCACGCCUGGGACCUUCCCCGGUGGCCGUGUCACCAGCCUGCAGCAUCGCUGCCACCAUCCUGCCUCGGGGUGCACGUGGGGAACCGCCAGACGUCACAUGGAGGUGACACCAGAGCCCAAUAGUGUGAGAUGAUCAGACCUCCUGUGCUCGCUUGGAGCACAAACAGCCGCGUGGACACCCGAACGGUGGAGAAAACCCUUUAUGGGGGACGUGGGUGGCUCCCCCCCGGCUCUGCCUCCCCUGCCCAGGACAGACCAGAGCUGGGGUUUGGGCUGAGGGCAGAGAGUGUCCCCAGCCAGCUCCAGGUUUGGCUUCUCCUGCGGGAGGUUUGCAGGAUGGGCUGGUAGGGGGUGCUGAGCCCUCGGCCUGGCAGCCGGAGCCACAGGGUCAGUGUGAUCACUGGGACCCCCGGGCGGGCUGCUCUGCGGGGACUCGUGGUGGGAUGUGCAUGGAACAGCGGCACCGCCUCUGCGGCCAGUGCUGGCUGGUUUCCACGCGUGACCCACCACGCCUGGCUGAAAAUGGUGGAUCAAGAUGCUUCCACGGGGCAGGUUUACACUGAGAGGUUCCCAGAGUGGUCCCAGGUGCCUCCCCCAUGGCCAUUGUGUGUCCCCAGGGCCCAGCCCCAGCGCGGACAUCCCAGCGCAGCCCUGGGCCUGUGGGGAGCUCCAGUCCUGCCACUGCAUCCCCCCAGCGUGAUGCUGGAGGGAAGGGUGAGAUUGAGCCCAUGGCCGACAAGGGACCAAAGCCCUGUCCCCCGUGAGCUGCUGCUCCCCAUGGGGCCACUGGAUCCCCCCGUCCUGCUCCCCUCGGGGGUUUAAGCCAUAUCUGUGUCCCUGACCGUGGGCAAGAGCUUCUCCAGGCGACCUCUCCCACCAUGGGAUGAGCUGGGGCCAAGCCCCUGAGCUGCAGAACCAGCACCAGAAGAGGGACUGGCAGCUCUGCCCAGUUCAGCCCAGUUUGUACUGGACAUGAGCUGGUGUUACUGUCCUGACUCCUACUCCCCAGCAGCCCCGUGCUCCCUGCUCCGCUUCGCUGUCCUGGCCUCUGUUUUGCAGGUUUGGCACUGUUACGGGUGUUGAAUCUUUGGUGGGGGGGCUCAUGGUGGAGAAGCAGAGCACAGCGGGGUGUCCUGGGCCGGGACCUCGGUGCAGGGUGUCCUGAGGCUGGGGACAAAGUGCCAAAGCUGAGCUCACUCCAGCAUUGUCAGCUGCUUCAGCAGCCCCUGUGGCCCCCACUUCCCAUCUCAGCCCAGGCUCGAUGGAGGAGAUGAUGGGAAACAGCUCGGGGGGACAGGUUGGACACGGGGAUGAGCCCCCUCCCCUGGAGGGAUGUGCAGCUCUGUGACAUGUCCCCAGGGAGGGACAUCUCCAGUGGUGGGGGUGGCUGGAUGGAGACCUCCAAAGCCCAUGGCCACCACCACCUCGGCUGCGUUUGGCCCAUGGGGCUGCUGGAGCUGCAGGGGGAGAGUGGCACGGGGACCAUGUUGGGCUACGAGGGCCAGUGACUGGCUGGGCAGGGCUUUAAUUAGUCCCUUUUCCUACCAGAUGUGCCAGUGUCAGCAAACAAGGUCCUGCCCUGCUCGUGUAGCCAGAGGGAGAAUAACUGUUGGGGCGCUUUUAAUGACGAGGGAGCUGGGGGGUGGCUGGUGCCCCUCGGCUGGGGGCACCGGCAGGAUUUGGUCUCUCAAAUGAGUCUCGUUUUGGAGUCCGUCCGGGCACAGGGGGCAUCUGCCUUAUGUGGAAAUGGGUUGAAAAAGAAGGAAUUGGAACGAGCACUAAAAUCCUGUUGGCAGUCAGCACAUGUGCUCGACCCCGCGGCUUUCCUCGGGAAGAGGUGGGGGUCAGCGUGCAAACCCGCGUGCACCCCAUGUUCACCCCGUGUGCACCCCCAUGCACACCCACCCCCUGCGUGCACCCCCAGCCCCGCCGCAUCGCCCAGGGUGGGAUCCCACCCACCUGGUUCCAUUUGGACUCUUUCAGCCUCCACGGGGGGGUAAACUGUGACUUUAAUACAUAAUUUUCUUUUUAAAUAAAAAAGGGAAAAACACCCAACAUACUAAAGCCAUCUGCGCUGCCUCUGACCCCCCCUUAGUUGUGUGUAGCUAAACUAUAUGGAGCCAUGCGUGUAUAUACCAUGAGCAGUGCAUGAGCCGCAGCAGCAGCAUGGGCACAGCCGAGCUGCACGCUCUGCCCCGCCGGCCCCGCCGGCCCCACCGCGGCCCCCCAGCCGGGCAGAGACGGCGACCAACAAAACCCAUUGCCCGAGUGCUCUCCACAGCCCUGAUUUUUUUUUGUCCCCCCCAAAAUAAUUAAAAACAGUAAUAAAAUCGUGUAAAAGAAGAAAAUAAUGCCAAGAAGCAAAGCAUGCCAAGCCAGUCCCGCCGGCGGAGGGUGAGCCGUCACCGACGCAGCUGUGACUUCAUGUGUGUCUUGUUUCUGUAUCUUGUCGCAUUUAUACCAUGGCCGGGUAGCGGCAACAUCGUGGCUUCGGUGUCCUGUGUCGCGUGGGUGCAUUUCACCGUCAGAGCAACUUCAGAAGCCAUAUUAGACCACGGCGCGCCGGGAGCCCAGGGCAUGGGCCCGCCGGGAGCUGUGACCCCUUUCCCCCAUGUGUCCACCGUCCCCGGUUCCGUGGGGCUCAGCGGUGGAGCCGCUGCUGGGACGAGCCGCAUCGGCCCCCGUUGCACCGGGCGAGGGGACGGGACGGUGCUGGGCAUAGGAGCUGGGUCUGACCUGCUGGUGGCAUUUCUGUGAUGGAGAAGCUGGGAUGCGGUGAGGAUCUGGUGGCAAAAAGGCUUUUUGGAGGAAUUUGGGUUGUUUGCAGCUGUGGCUGCUCAGGUGGUCUCUGUUUCGGGGCAUUCCCGGCUGCACCGCGGUGCAAACCCAGCCGUGCCAUGGAGACGCUCGGCUUCGGUCUCCUGGGGUCAAAAGGAAGUGAACCCACAGGGCUUGGCAACAGGCUCAGCUUUCUUUUCCUUUCCCCAAAAACCUGGGAGGCAGGAGCAGCUCGUUUGGGCGUCCCAGGCUCGGAGCCUCUGCACUGGCCCCAUCCCGGCCCUGCAGCGCUCGGCUCCGGCGCGAAGCUGCUUUUAAAGCCCCAUCCUCUCGUGUGGACUCUGUCGUUUCCGUCUCUUAUCGUUAAAUGGUUAUUUUGUAAUGAUAUCUGUCUCCUUAUUAAAGAAACGAGCUGAAAGGA